CUUAAGUCUGAGAGUUUGCUGAUGGCUUUCAAUAAAUCGGUGUUGCUGUGCUUGGGUGCCAUAACCACUUUCUAUACAGCUUGAGCCUACAUUAGUGUAUGCAGAUUGGCCAAAAAAAUGCGCAUUCUGAAGCACCAGGGUUCCCAACCCCACAUACGUGCUCUCCUUUUCUCAAAUGCUUCGUUUUCAUCUCUUAAUUCUCACUCUGAUGCUUUCCUCUCAGACAAAGCCUUCACUCUUCUCAAGAGGUACCCCAACCAACUCGACUCAUUAUCUUCCCAAUUCACCCCACAAGCAGCUUCCCUCCUUCUCCUCAAAUCCCAAUUCGAUCAAACCCUAACCCUGAAAUUCCUCAAUUGGGCUCCCAAUCAUUCCUUCUUCGAUAUUCAAUGCAAAUGCCUUACCCUUCACAUCCUCACUAGAUUCAAGCUCUACAAGACUGCCCAAUCCAUUGCCGAAGUUCUGGUUUCUGAGGAGGAUGACUGCUCUUUAAUUUUUGAGUGCCUGAAAUCAAGUUAUCAUCUUUGCAGCUCCAGUUCCUCUGUCUUUGAUCUGCUGGUGAAGUCAUAUGCUCACUUGAACAUGGUUAGGAAAGCCUUAAUUACUAUUGGUUUAGCAAAAUCUCAUGGAUUUAUGCCUGGCAUCUUGUCGUACAACUCCGUCCUUGAUGCGAUGUUCAGGUCUGGGGAUUCGGUCUCGUCAGCAGAGGAGUUUUAUGGGGAGAUGAUCAGAUGUGGGGUAUCUCCUAAUGUGUAUACUUAUAACAUUCUGCUUAGAGGUUGUUGUGGAGAAGGGAAAUUGGAGAAGGCUUUUGAAGUUUUCCGUGAGAUGGAGAGAAAGGGUUGUGCCCCAACUGUAGUCACAUUCAACACUAUAGUUGAUGCAUAUUGUAAACUGGGAAAGGUCAAUGAAGCAUUCAGGAUGUUCGAAUUAAUGUCUCAGAGGGGUUUGCAGCCAAAUUUGAUUUCCUAUAAUGUGAUUAUCAAUGGAUUAUGCCGAGAAGGUAGGAUGAAAGAAACACGUGAUGUGCUUGAGGAAAUGGAUAGGAAGGGCAUGGUUCCUGAUAAGGUCACCUACAACACACUUGUUAAUGGUCAUUGCAAGGAAGGGAACAUCCAUCAGGCACUUAUUUUACAUGCGGAGAUGAUCAGGAUGGGGGUAAGCCCGAACGUUGUUACUUACACAGCCUUGAUCAAUAGCAUGUGUAAGGCUGGAAAUCUAAAUCGAGCUAUGGAAUUCUUGGAUGAGAUGCGCCUGAGAGGACUUUGUCCCAAUGAGGUAACCUAUACCACCUUGAUUGAUGGUUUUUCUAAGCAGGGAUAUUUGAAUGAAGCAAAUCAAGUUUUGAUGGAAAUGACUGAGAAUGGAUUCUCACCUUCCAUUGUUACUUUUAACGCACUUAUCAAUGGAAGCUGCAUCUUUGGAAGAAUGGAUGAAGCUCUGCAGGUCAUCCAAGAAAUGAUAGCAAGGGGUUUGGCCCCAGAUGUCGUUAGUUAUAGCACAAUUAUAACUGGUUUUUGCAGAAACAGGGAUUUGGACAAGGCAUAUGAAAUCAAGCAGGAGAUGGUUGGAAAGGGUGUAUUAGCUGAUGCUGUCACUUAUUCGUCACUAAUUCAAGGUCUCUGUGAACAGAGUAGACUUGUUGAAGCUUGCAGCCUUUUCCACGAGAUGUUGAGCAUGGGCCUGCCUCCAGAUGAAUUUACUUAUACGACUCUGAUCAAUGGUUAUUGCAUGGAAGGGGAUGUAAAUAAAGCUCUCAUUCUGCACGAUGAAAUGAUACAAAAGGGUUUGCUUCCUGAUGUUGUCACCUACAGUGUGCUUAUAAAUGGGCUCCGUAAACAAGCUCGGACUAGGGAAGCAAGGCAGCUUUUGUUCAGGUUGUUUUAUGAUGAGUCCGUUCCGAGUGAUGUAACAUAUGAUACACUAAUCGGUCAUUGCAGUAAUGUUGAAUCUAAGAGUAUGAUAGCUCUCAUAAAGAGUUUUUGUAUGAAGGGAUUGAUGGAUGAAGCAGAUCAAGUUUUUGAAUCAAUGACUCAGAGAAACUGGAAGCCUAAUGAAGUAGCCUACAAUGUAAUUAUACAUGGGCAUUCUAGAAGUGGGAAUGUGCGGAAAGCAUUUGGACUGUAUGAGGAAAUGAUAAGAUUAGGUUUCAUUCCUAACACUAUUAGUGUUCUUGCCCUGAUAAAAGCUCUUUUUAAUGAGGGAAUGAACAAUGAAUUGAGUCAACUCAUUAAUGAUAUCUUGAGGAGUUGUAGGCUUGCUGAUGCUGAGAUUUCGAAAGUUCUUGUUGAGAUCAACCAUAAAGAAGGGAACAUGGAUGCUGUUUUUAAUGUCCUAACUGAAAUGGCUAAGAAUGGGCUCCUCCCUAAUAGUGAGGAAACAACAAUAUCAACAGGAUAAAAGGUGUGGGUGUUUCUUCAUUCAUUGUGAUUUCAAACAACAGCAUUCAUUAAGCAUCUUUCCCACUGAUGUAGAAAAAAGACCACCAAGAGCAUCUAUCUCCAUGUAUUAUAGUACAAAGUGUGAUAAAAUUGAGAAAAUGGAGAGCUUGGUCUUCAAUUUUGAUAGCAUAUGCUUUCAGGUCCUUGAAUGUUGACCAAGCAUACAUGUCAUAUAACGUAAGAGUGGAUAUAAUUGAAGA